GGAUCCAUGGAUUCCCUGGGAUCCUCCCCACCCCAAUCUCACCCUUUCCUCCCCCCCCAAAUCCCGCAGUUUUCCUGGAUCCAUGGAUUCCCUGGGAUUCCCUGGGAUUCUCCCACCCCCCAAUCUCACCCUUUCCCCCCCCAAAUCCCGCAGUUUUCCCGGAAUCCAUGGAUUCCCUUCUCCUCCUCUGCUCCCGCCGGCUCGUCUCCCGCCACCCCCUUCCCGCCAUUCCCGACGACCUGUAUCCCGCCCUUUUCCGAGCAGCAUUCCUGGAUGGGAGGCUCCAGGUGCUGCGGGAUCUGGUGGCCCAGUGGCCCUUCCCGGAGCUCCAAUUCCAGCGGAUCCUCGGGAGCCGGGAGCUGCUCCGGGAUCACUCCAAGCUCUGCAUCCGAACCGUCGUCGGAGCCGUGGCCGAGCGGCUCCAGAUGGACCUGGAGGAGCCCGGACGUGAUUCCAGCCGGCGCCGCCUGCGAACCCUGGACCUGACGGAGCUUCCGGACGGGAAAAGCGUCGGAUGCGGCACCGUGGCCUUGGCCAAGGCCUGCCUGGAGCUCUCCAAGCGCCGCCGCCGCUCCUGGAAAUCCCAGAAAUCCCAGAAAUCCCAGAAAUCCCGGAAAUCCCAGAAAUCCCGGGAAAAGCCCCGCAAGGGCCAUCCCGGUUUCUCCGUGGACGCCCGCUCCGACUUCCAGGUGGACGACGUCUCCCACCGGAUCCUCCGGGCCGCCCUCCGGAGCGGGAACGCCGGGAGCCCCCUGCGCCUCCGCUGCCGGGAAUUCCGAGCCCGGAAGCUGCCGGCGGAAUCGGUGGCGGAGCUGCUGGAAUCCUUGGAUCCACACGGAGUGGAAAAAGUGGAUCUGACCUUCAGCAUCCUGGAGCUCCUCGGCCUCUUCCUGGUGUUGCUCACCCUUCCCAGAUUCCCGGCGCUCCGGAGCCUCCGGAUCCGGUACGUCCGGGAGGACGCCUGGGGGAAGAUGCCGAGGUGGGCGCCGGAAAUGCGGGAAUUCUCGGAGGAGUUGGGAUCCCUGCCGGGCCUCCGGGAGCUGCGCUUGGGAUCCUUCGGCUUCUCCGGGGAUCUGGGGCGCUUCCUGGGCAAGCUCCAGGCUCCAUUGGAAAUCCUGGAAUUGCCCUUCUGCUCCCUCCUCCCCGCCGACUUCUCCUUCCUGUCCCGGAGCUCCCACGCUCCGGCCCUGAAAACGUUGGAUCUGAGCGGCCACGACUUCUCCGGGAACCUCCUGGAGCCCCUCCGGCAGCUCCUGGAAAAAUCCUCGGGCUCCCUGCUCCACCUGGAUCUCAUGGAAUGCCGCCUGACGGAUUCCCACCUGGAAUCGCUGCUGGAUUCGCUCCGCCGCUGCUCCCGCCUCCGCCGCCUCCGGAUCCUCGGGAAUUCCUUCUCCGCCGCGGCGCUCCGGGAAUUCCUGCGGGAGACGGCGGAAUUCCCGGAGCUGCGGUUGGUGGUGCAUCCGAUCCCUGUGGAUUGUUUCCUGUCCCGGCGCUUCCCGCGCCGCUCCGGCUCCCGCUGGGUCCUGGAGAAGCGCUUGGAUCCCGGGCUUUGGGAAGCGGAGAGGGCGGAGCUGGGACGGAUCCUGGAGAGCUCCGGGAGAACCGAUGUUGUGUGGACACACGAUCCACACGGACACUCAGCCCAAUCCCAAUCCCAAUUCCAGUCCCAAUCCCAGUCCCAUUGCCCAUCCCGAUCCUGA